CUCUCCCCCCCCUCUCUGUCUGCCUCUCUCUCUCUCUCUCCCUCUCUCUCCUGCUUUCGCGCUGUGUUUUUGCUGAGACAACAGAGUGAGCAGAACACGCCGAAAGUGAUUUCAUGCCUUCAGUGUCGCACAACCUGAGAUGGACGUGAGAUUUUACCCUGCACCCCCGGCCAAUGUGGGUUCAUGCUCUCUACCGACUGAUCCAAGUUGCCUGAGCUCUCUGGACUAUUACCACUCCAACAAGUUUGAUGCUGACAACAUGUACAUGAAUGACAGUAACCAAGAGUUUCGGUCGCCGAAUCAGAGCUACUCUAAUCAGGGCAGAGGCAGCGGUGGGGGUGGAGGAGGAGGAGGGGCAGGGGAUGAAGACUACGAGAUCCCCCCCAUCACACCUCCAAACCACGUUGACCCUUCUCUGCUCCAUCUCGCGGAGCAUGAGUCAGGCUACCCCUUCCACUCCCUGCCCCACAAUGGUUUGCUCAACUCCUACUCCUACCCCGAGCUGCCUGCCCUCAUGAUGUCCAAUAUGCUGGGUCAGGACACUCACCUCCUUUCUGGGCCUAUGCACUCUAUAAGCAGCGAGAAACGACCCUCUGCAGAAAUGAUGAAGCCCAAACCCAAACCUCAAAAGAAGAAAAAGAAGAAGGACCCCAAUGAGCCACAGAAGCCUGUGUCGGCAUAUGCGCUCUUCUUCAGAGACACCCAAGCAGCCAUCAAGGGCCAAAAUCCCAAUGCCACUUUUGGGGACGUCUCCAAGAUUGUGGCUUCCAUGUGGGACAGUCUUGGAGAGGAACAGAAACAGGCAUACAAGAGGAAAACCGAGGCAGCCAAGAAAGAGUACCUAAAAGCAUUGGCCGCGUACCGAGCCAGUCUGGUUUCCAAGUCAUACAGUGACUCUGAACCAAAAAGUGCCCAGCAGACCAGCCAGCCCUCCCACUUGCUGCCCCCCAAACAGCCCCUGUACAGUGUGCCCCCCCAGCCUUCUUCACCUUACCUGGGCCCACCGGGCUCUUUCCCUCUUUCGGAGCUCCAGAGCUAUGGCGGGCCGCCCCGCCACACCCUGGCCUCAACCCUUGGCCAGUCCCAGAUGCUCCCACCCAGCAUGAGUGCCUCUCCCCCAGCACCCUUCCAGAUCAGCCCGCCUCUGCACCCGCACGCUCAGCUCUCUCUGCACCAGAGCUCCCUGCUCAACCAGCCAAUCCGCAUGCAGCAGCCGCAGCCAAUUAUCUCACACCAAAUGGGGCUCCAGGCAUCUCUGAAUUCCCCUCCUCUCAGCCAACAGGGAUUCUCCCAUCUUCAGGCUGAUUACCAGAACAGCGUCGGGGGCUCGCAGUCUCCAGGGGCACCCAAUCCAGUGCACGGACAGAACCCCGACUGGGAAGGUGAAUACUGCAACAGGGACUGUGGACCCAACCACUGCAGCAGCGGAAUGGGAGCUCGGGACAAGCCUCUCUACCUCACUUGAAGUUAAAUGACCUCCACAUGUCAAACUCCAGAAAGCUUUCUAACAUAACAACAGCUUCAUCGAUGUAUCCACUUUCACACCGUUUUGUUUUCUAUCCUUUAUUCUUUUUUUAUGGAUUUUGAAAAUCCCAAAGACUGCUACAGUAACUUCACCUUUUUGCCAAGCACUUAAAUUGGCCACAAGCCCGAGGCACUUCCUUUGCAUUCUUUUUUCCUUUCCUCCUCGUCAGUGAACAGUUUUCUGAGCUGGUAGUGAGCUUUAAGCUCAUGCCAACAUACUGGAAGUAUAAGGACCAAAAUGUCCUCUCAAAUUAUUUCUUAUUUUUUAAAGAAGAUUUCUUUCCUUUUCACUUCAUGACUCUUUGCCAUGAACUGCCCUUAUUAGGGAGAUGAAAUGCUCAAAGCAUAAGGGUUUAAGUAGGGAAAUCAACAGAAAAUCACCUGAUCAGUGGUGGACAGGCUUCAGGACGGUCUAAAAUACCCUGACUGAGUGAAACAUUUUCAUAAAGGUGUAGUCGCAGACACGUAAAACAUUUGUAAAUCAUCUUUUCUCUUAGUAAAGGACUCCCUCAAUUCCUUUAUCACUGAGUGAUUGUAAAUAUCACCAAAAUGAAUCCCUCUUAUGUGUGUAUUAAGCUGCAGUCCCUUGCUUUUUUAAUAUCCUUUUUGUUUGGUUUUGUGACUUCUGUGCAGACAGAUUCAGUGAGGGAAUACACACACUAAAACUCAUGGUGAAACUGUGUUCUUGUAUCUUGGAGUCUGGGGGAAACACAAAAGACUGCUUUUAUUUCCUCCUGAGCUGGCAGAGCUCUGAUGGACGGGUCACCCUCUUUACACAGCCUCAGGGCAUGGCUGAACUGUGGGGGGGUCAAUGAUUAGAACCGCCCCUUUUUUGCUCCUCCUACUUUUGGUCAAUAAGGACCACCUCCCUACCUUUGACCCCACCCUCCAUCUCUUAGUCUCACGUCACUUGUACAGGAGAAUUAAAAAAAUUGCUAAAUGUGAAAUGUUAUUAAAGAAAAAAAAACAUAACAGUGGAUUUUAAGGUUUUUUGACUAGUUUUAUUAGGUGUUUUAGAAUUGUGUUGAACUCCAUCUUUAUCUUUUUUUGUGGAAAUAAAAUUACCUUUAUGUUUAGAUUUUCUUUUCACUGUGGCAGGAUUUGCAUUUCAUAAGAAAAGUCAUUGGGGUAAAUAUUUUAAUUUUGUGUAUAAACCUGCCAAAUGUACUCCUUUGAUUUGUAGAAACCAGUGACGAGAAAACUCGUUUUGUUCUGUUGCAUAUUAUAGUUUACAAUUUGGUCUUUCUAUUUAAUUUGAUUGCAGGUUUCAAAUCUAUUUAUAAAUGAUAUGAAGUAAACAUUUUGGCUUUUUUCAUCAGGGUUCAUUAUUAUUAUUAUUAUUAUUAUUAAUAUUAUUAUUAUUAUUAUUGAUCCAACAACAAUAUUUUUAGGAUAAUAAAUAUUUUCAGAGAUUGUUGUUGGUGCAUUUCUCACAUAUGUGUACCUGCAUUAGAUUCAUUUUUUGUGUCACAAAUCCCUCUUUUUGUUUUCUUUUGUCUGUAAUAAAAUGUUUAAAG